AUGGCUGCAAACUACCGUCAAUCCAGCCAGCCCAUCCAUACCGAGCGGCACGUCCGCAUCGUUUGCAUUGGAGCUGGCGCAUCGGGUUUACUCUUCGCAUACAAGCUCCAGCGGAGCUUCUCCAAUUUCUCUCUUGUCAUUUAUGAAAAGAAUCCGAAGAUUUCUGGAACAUGGUUCGAGAACCGGUAUCCAGGCUGCGCCUGCGAUGUACCAUCGCAUAACUACACCUGGUCUUUUGAGCCCAAGACCGACUGGUCAGGGACCUACGCCAGCAGUAAAGAAAUCUUCAACUACUUUAACUCGUUUUCAGACAAGUACGGGCUGCGCCAGUACUGCCGCAUGAACCACCAAGUCAUGGGAGCCGUAUGGGAUUCUGGUAAAGGGAGCUACGAUGUGCAUGUCCAAGACCUGGAAACUGGCCGUCAGUGGAACGACUCGUGCGAUAUCCUGAUCAAUGCCGGGGGAAUCUUGAAUUCAUGGCGAUGGCCGGCCAUUCCUGGUCUUGAGCGCUACAAGGGGACGCUGGUCCACACCGCGAAUUGGGAUGAUUCUAUUUCACUAGAAGGGAAGCACGUCGGGCUGAUUGGAAAUGGCUCUUCAGGUAUCCAGGUACUGCCGGCCAUUCUCCCAGAAGUCAGCAAGAUCACGACAUUUAUCCGCGAGCCAACGUGGGUGUCGCCCGUUCAGGGUCUCGAACAGCACAUCUUCUCAACGGAGGAGAAGCAGACAUUUGAACGAGACUCUGAGGCACUGACCGAGUACCGACGAGGCAUCGAACGGGGCAUGAACGGCCAGUUCGCCAUCUUCCUGCGCGGCACCCAGGGACAGAGGGACACCCGAGAGUAUAUGACCCAGCAGAUGAAGGAGAAACUACACAAUGUGGACCUCGAAAAGGUACUCAUCCCCGAAUGGUCUGUUGGCUGUCGACGCAUCACGCCAGGGGUUGGCUAUCUGGAGUCUCUGGGCCACGAAAAGGUCAACGUCGUGUACGGCAAUAUCAACGAGGUCACCGAAAAAGGCUGCAUUUGUGACGACGGCAAGGAGUAUCCAGUGGAUGUCUUGAUCUGUGCCACUGGCUUUGAUACCUCAUUCAGGCCACGAUUUCCCAUUAUUGGUCCGAACGACAACAAUCUGCAGGACCAAUGGAAGGACGAGCCUCAUUCGUACUUUGGCAUCGCUGCCGCUGGUAUCCCGAAUUAUUUGACCUUCCUGGGACCUAACAGUCCUAUUGGAAACGGCCCUGUCCUAUCUGCGAUUGAGGCCCAAGCAGACCAUAUGUUGAAGCUGAUUGACCGGUACCAAACGACCAACAUCAAGAGCUUCGCACCCCGGGCUGAGGCAAUCAACGACUUCAUCAACUUCAAGGAUGAGUUCAUGCGCAACACCGUCUGGGCAGACGGCUGCCGGUCGUGGUACAAAACCAACCAGGCCGACGCUCCUGUCACAGCCCUGUGGCCCGGGUCGACACUCCAUUAUAUCGAGGCGAUGGACGAACUACGACUCGAUGACUGGGAUGUUAAGUACAACGGCAACCGGUUCUCAUGGCUGGGAAAUGGUUACAGUCAGACUGAGAUCGAUGAGACGGCCGACUGGGGAUACUAUAUCCGCGCCCACGACGACGGGGAAUAUUUGAGUCGGGGGAAGAGAUUGCGCAUCCUGAACAAGUCUGGGACUCGCCAGCCAGAGGCCACUUCGUUUACCGUCUUUCCACGGAUUUAA